CCUGACAUAGAUGGCGGUACUUGUUUGAAAAAAAACGACUGUGUUCGAAAGUAUCAACCUUAAAAAGCUUAAGUUUGAAGUUUGAAGACGUUACGUUGUAUAGUAUUUUUUUGGCAGCCAUAAAUAGUGAACAAUCUCAGUGAAUUUGUAAACAUGGAAAAAAUUUGUCAUCGUUAUGUGAUACAAUACUUUCAUUUGAAAGGUUUCAGUCCAACCAAUAUUAAAGCUGAGCUAGAUUCUACUCUGGGGGAGUCUGCUCCCUCGUUUACAACAAUAAAAUAUUGGGUGGCAGAGUUUAAACGAGGCCGUACGAGCUGCCAAGACGAACAUCGUAGUGGUCGACCAAGUGAGGUGACCAUGCCAGAAAUGGUGGAAAAAAUCCACAAAAUGGUAUUGGAUGACAGUCAACUCAAAGUGCGAGAGCUAGCAGACAUGGUAGGCAUUUCAAAAAGUGCUGUACAUCGCAUUUUAACUGAAAAUUUGGACAUGAGAAAGCUGUGCGCAAGAUGGGUGCCGCGUUUGCUCACAAUGGGACAAAAACAGCGUCGUGAGGAUGUUUCAAUCGAGUCUUUGGCAAUGUUUCGCAGCAACAAAGCCGAGUUUUUGCGUCGAUUCAUAACCAUGGAUGAAACAUGGGUCCAUCACUUCACACCUGAGACGAAAGAACAGUCGAAACAAUGGACUGAAAGGGGAGAAUCAGCUCCAAAGAAGGCGAAAACAGUUCCAUCUGCUGGCAAGGUCAUGGCGUCAGUUUUUUGGGAUGCGCCCAGGAAAAACAAUCAACGGCAAGUAUUAUGCGAACUUAUUGCAGCGCUUGAGUGA